ACUUCCUCAUCUUCUCCCAACGCUAGCUUUCUAAUUUUUUUUUUCUUUUAAUUUUUUAUUUUGGGGUUUUGGAAGAGCUAAUAAUGGUGAAGCUAGCUUCGGCUCGAGAGGUCCGAAUGUACGGACCAAGGCUGUCUCGGAACCGUACGGAGUACAUGAACGCUGGGCUUUAUGUGUUCGCCACGGUGGUUCUUCUCGGUGGUUUCGUGGCCGAGCUAUCGAAGGAGCCGAAAUCGGGUCUGGUUCUUUUGAUGAUAGCGUUGGUGGUUAUAAUGAUGGUGAAUUUGCAUGAUCUGCUUGCGCAUCUGGCUGGGAUCGAUUACCGCUUGACGUUGAUGGAGUUUGAUAUACAGCUUGCUCUCGUUGAGUUCGCCGUUCCUCUGCUUCAAGCAUUGGGCUCCCUUCUUUUCUUCCUUGGAGUUCUUUUCCUUUUCAUUCAGGAAUAUAAAGGACGAGUACAGUCUAAGUUAGAAAAACAUGCAUUAAACAUGCUGAUUGCUGGUCCUGUUCUAUGGGUGGUUGGAUCAAUCCACAACUCGUGCCAAAUCUACGAGAGAGCUGAUGGCCAUGUCCAAAUCUUACAACAAGGUGUCCACAUUCCUUUCUUAACAGGUAGUGUUCUGUUCUUGGUGGGUGCCAUUCUCAAUGCCCAUGAACAAGCUGGUCUCAACCAUCAUGGUCUCCAACUACUGGGGAAGUGUUGGAUAUGGGUUGGCAUCUUUGGGAGCUUGUUGUUUGUGAUAGGGGGAUUCAUGAAUGUGGUAAAAGUCUUUAAGAUGCAACAGGUUGAUGAUCUACGGCUGGAAAAACUUCGAGGAGGAGCACAUGAGAGACUAAUCAAUGAGAGGGACGGCCAAGUCCCUCUCAUACUAGAAGAUCAGAGGAGGAUAAAAAAGCAUAUAGCUGCUGAGGAACCUAAAGUAGCACUACCACUUCCAACUCCUUACAAAGAUGUCCUUAUUGGCCAGACUCAUCAAAAUGUGGUUUAGUAAUCAUAAUUUAAAACAUUGUUUUCAAAAACCUGCGUGUUUGCAUAGAUUUUGGGCCUUUUUUUUUCUUUUCUAUAUCUAUAUAUAUAUAUAUAUAUAUAUUUUUUUUUUUUCAAUUUCAAGAAUAAUUUAUGCUUUUUGUAUUAUCUAGCUACGAUCACAUUUGCAAACAUUGAAUUAUACCUAUAUUUCUACUA